AUGCUUGAACUGCGGCUGCCGCUGCUGCCGCUGCUGCUGUCCUGCGGGGCUGCCCUGCUGGCUGCCGGAGGCCUGGCGCGCCUGGGAAGUGACAGGCGCCGGCACAGGCAGGCCGCAGCCCGGGGAUCGGGGUGGCGGGGUGGGGGCAGGGCCCCCUCCCACACGGCUCCCGCUCCCUCCGCAGCCGGGGACCAGGGCUGGUGCUCCACGUGGGGGGCCGGCCACUUCUCCACCUUCGACCACCACGUGUACGACUUCUCGGGGACCUGCAACUACGUCUUCGCGGCCACGUGUGCCGACGCCUCGCCCUCCUUCAGCGUCCAGCUGCGCCGGGCGCCCGACGGGAACAUCUCCAGGAUCAUCGUGGAGCUGGGGGCCUCGGUGGUCACCGUGAACAAGGCCACCACCAUCUCCGUCAAGGACGUCGGGACGGUCAGCCUGCCCUACACCAGCAACGGGCUCCAGAUCACCCCCUACGGCCGGAGCGUGCGCCUGGUGGCCAAGCAGCUGGAGCUGGAGCUGGUGGUCACGUGGGGGCCGGACGCCUACCUCAUGGUCCAGGUGGAGAGGAAGUACAUGGGCCAGAUGUGUGGGCUGUGUGGCAACUUUGACGGAAAGGCCACCAAUGAGUUUCUCAGCGAGGACGGCAAACUCCUGGAGCCCUACAAGUACGCCGCCCUCCAGAAGCUGGACGACCCCAACGAGAUCUGUGCCUAUGAGGCCAUCCCCAGCACCUCCGUCCUCCGGGUCACGGACGCCCAGAACUGCACGCAGCUGCUGGACCUCGUGGCCCCCGAGUGCAGUGUCCCCAAGGAGCCCUUGGUGCUGAGCUGCCAAGUGGACAUGGCCACCUGCGCCCAGCCGGGCCAGCAGAACUGCAGCUGCGCCACGCUGUCCGAGUACUCCCGCCAGUGCAGCCUGGCCGGCCAGCCCGUGCAGCGCUGGCGGGGACCCGGCCUGUGCUCCCUGGGCCAGUGCCCCGCCAACCAGGUAUACCAGGAGUGCGGCGUGGCCUGCACCAGGACCUGCUCCAACCCACAGCACAGCUGCCCCAGCCCCUGUACUGCCGGCUGCUUCUGCCCGGAAGGCACGGUCCUCGAUGACCUCUCCAGCAACCACACCUGCGUGCCCAUCGCCCAGUGCCCCUGCAUGCUCAACGGGGCGGUCCACGCCCCCGGGGAGGUCACCAGGACCGCCUGCAGGACCUGCCAGUGCACCAUGGGCCGCUGGUCCUGCACAGAACGGCCCUGCCCCGGCCACUGCUCCCUGGAAGGAGGGUCCUUUGUCACCACGUUUGACGCCAGGCCCUACCGCUUUCACGGCACCUGCACAUACAUCCUCCUCCAGAGCCCACAGCUCCCGGACGAGGGCACCCUCAUGGCCGUGUACGACAAGUCGGGCUACUCGCACUCCGAGACGUCCCUGGUCGCCGUCAUCUACCUGUCCAAGCAGGACAAAAUCGUGAUCUCGCAGGAUGAGGUGAUCACCAACCACGGGGACGUCAAGUGGCUGCCGUACAAGAGCCGCAACAUCACGGUGUUCAGGCAGACGUCCUCUCACCUCCAGAUGGCCACCACCUUCGGGCUGGAGCUGGUCAUCCAGCUGCGGCCCGUCUUCCAACUCUACGUCACCGUCGAGCCCCAGUUCCGAGGCCAGACCAGAGGGCUCUGUGGCAACUUCAACGGCGACACCACGGACGACUUCACCACCAGCGUGGGCGUCGCGGAGGGCACCGCCUCCCUCUUCGUGGACUCCUGGCGAGCAGGGAACUGCCCGGCGGCCCUGGAGCGCGAGACCGACCCCUGCUCCAUGAGCCAGCUCAACAAGGUGUGCGCGGAGACCCACUGCUCGGCGCUGCUGCAGACGGACGGCGUGUUCGGGAAGUGCCACGCCGUGGUCAACCCCAAGCCCUUCUACAAGAGGUGUGUGUACCAGGCCUGCAACUACGAGGAGACCUUCCCCCACAUCUGCAGCGCGCUGGGUGACUACGCCCACGCCUGCGCCUCCCAGGGCGUCGUGCUCUGGGGCUGGAGAAGCAGCGUGGACAACUGCACCGUCCCCUGCACGGGCAACCGCACGUUCAGCUACGACAGCCAGGCCUGCAACCGCACCUGCCUGUCGCUGUCGGACCCCACGGCCGAGUGCCACGCCAGCGCCGUGCCCGUGGACGGCUGCAACUGCCCCCAGGGCACCUACCUGAACCACAAGGCGGAGUGCGUGCGCAAGGCCCAGUGCCCCUGCCUGCUGGAGAGCAACAAGUUCAUCCUGGCCGAGCAGUCCACCAUGGUCAACGGGGCCAUCUGCUACUGCCUCAGCGGACGGCUGAGCUGCCCGGGGCAGCCACAGAUGCUGCUGGCUUCCUGCCCGGCCCCCAAGACCUUGGAGACCUGCAGCCAGACCUCCGAGAACAAGUACGGGGCGGCGUGCGCCCCCACCUGCCAGAUGCUGGCCACCGGCAUCGCCUGUGUGCCCACCAAGUGCGAAGCCGGGUGUGUCUGUGCCGAGGGGCUCUAUGAAGACGCUAACGGGCAGUGUGUGCCCCCCGAGGAGUGCCCCUGUGAGUUUGCUGGGGUCUCCUACCCCGGGGGUGCCGAGCUCCACACCGACUGCAAGACCUGCACCUGCUCUAAGGGGAAGUGGACGUGCCAGCAGAGCGCCCACUGCCCGUCCACCUGCGCCCUCUACGGGGAGGGUCACAUGGUCACUUUCGACGGACAGCGCUUUGUGUUUGAUGGCAGCUGCGAGUACAUCUUGGCCACGGACGGCUGCGGAGCCAACGACUCCCGGCCCACCUUCAAGAUCCUGACCGAGAACGUCGUCUGUGGCAAGUCGGGAGUCACCUGCUCCCGCGCCGUAAAGAUCUUCCUGGGGGACCUGUCCAUCACACUAGCAGACAGAAACUACACGGUCAGCGGGGAAGACCCCUCCGUGUACUUCCGAGUGAAGCCCAGCUCCCUGAGCCUGACCCUGGACCUGGGCCUGCCCGGCAAGUACAACCUGACGCUGGUCUGGAACAAGCACAUGGCCGUGUACAUCACGAUCGAGCGCGUGUCCCAGGACGCGCUCUGCGGCUUGUGCGGCAACUACAAUGGCAACAUGAAGGACGACUUCGAGACGCGCAGCCAGUACGUGGCGUCCGACGAGCUGGAGUUCGUGAACUCGUGGAAGGAGAGCCCGCUGUGCGGCAACCUGCGUGCCGUGGCCGAGCCCUGCAGCACCAACAGCUUCCGCCUGGCCUGGGCCGAGCGCAAGUGCAGCAUCAUCAACAGCCAGACCUUCGCCGCCUGCCACAGCAAGGUGUACCGCAUGCCCUACUACGAGGCCUGUGUGCGAGACACGUGCGGGUGCGACACAGGGGGGGACUGUGAGUGUCUCUGUGACGCUGUCGCUGCCUACGCCAAGGCCUGCCUGGACAAGGGCGUGUGUGUGGACUGGAGGGCCCCAGACUUCUGCCCGAUCUACUGUGACUUCUACAACACGCACACGCAGGUCGACGGCAACGAGUACCAGUACACGCAAGAGGCCAACUGCACCUGGCACUACCAGCCCUGCCUGUGCCCCGGCCAGCUGCAGAGCUUCCCGGAAACCAACAUCGAAGGCUGCUACAACUGCUCCCAGGACGAGUACUUCGACCACAACGAGGGGACCUGUGUGCCGUGCGUGCCGCUGUCCACCACGCCCACCACGCCGCUGUCCACCACGCCUACCACAUCACCGUCCACCACGCCGCCAUCCACCAUGCCUCUGUCUACCACGCCCACGACGCUGCCGCCCACCACAGCCACGCCGCGACACACAGUGACACAGGCCACGAGCCUGCCGCAGGCAUCCUCCCCGAGACCUGCCACCAGCUCCACAGCACAGCACACAGCGCGCACCACGGACACGGCACCGAGCCCCGCACAGACGGCGACCACUCCCAUGCAGGCAAACUCCACUCAGCAAACCCCAGAGACAACCGCCAGCCACAGGACAACGAGCACAAAUCCAACUCCCGCCCCCAGCACCGGGCCAUCCUCAACCACACACGAAACAGGACACGUCACACAUCCCACACAAACGCCAAAGACCACAGAGAGAACACCAUACACAGAACCCACGACCAGUCCCACCAUCACCGCAGAUACCACCACCAGGGCCACAACCACAACCUCAACCAGCACCACCACCGCAGGCACCAAGAACACGUUGCCACAGUCCUCACACUUCCUUCACAACCCCAUCCCGCACCACCGUCCAUGCCUCUACCACCGCACACACCACGGUUCUCCCGACAUCAACACCCGUCCAGUCCACCAGCACGCUUCCUACAUCCUCAAGCCAGGAGACCUCACUGCCCACAAGUUCUCCCUCGCUGUCCACUGCUUCGGUCACGACCACCUCUCACGAGCUGACCACUCCGACAGCACCAGAGACCACCUCAUCCCCAUACACCCCCACGCCCCCACCACGCCCCCUACUACCACCCUUAAGCCAACUCGCCCCCCACAUUCAGUGCCAGUCUCCACUGCCACCACCACACUGACCACCCAGGCUCCUACUUCUCUCAGCACUGCCAGGACUUCUGUCUCUGUGGUGUCAACCCCAUCCCACACAUCUCCCGAACAACCGACCACAGCCCCACCUACCACCUCCACCACCACCACCACCACCAGCAGCAGCACAGCCCCAACAGCCACCACCAGAGAGACUGUCUCUCUCACCACCCUCACCACCUCGUCUGUACCCAGCAGUCCUCACACUUCCUUCACAACCCCAUCCCGCACCACCGUCCAUGCCUCUACCACCGCACACACCACGGUUCUCCCGACAUCAACACCCGUCCAGUCCACCAGCACGCUUCCUACAUCCUCAAGCCAGGAGACCUCACUGCCCACAAGUUCUCCCUCGCUGUCCACUGCUUCGGUCACGACCACCUCUCACGAGCUGACCACUCCGACAGCACCAGAGACCACCUCAUCCCCAUACACCCCGCCCCCCACGCCCCCUACUACCACCCUUAAGCCAACUCGCCCCCCACAUUCAGUGCCAGUCUCCACUGCCACCACCACACUGACCACCCAGGCUCCUACUUCUCUCAGCACUGCCAGGACUUCUGUCUCUGUGGUGUCAACCCCAUCCCACACAUCUCCCGAACAACCGACCACAGCCCCACCUACCACCUCCACCACCACCACCACCACCAGCAGCAGCACAGCCCCAACAGCCACCACCAGAGAGACUGUCUCUCUCACCACCCUCACCACCUCGUCUGUACCCAGCAGUCCUCACACUUCCUUCACAACCCCAUCCCGCACCACCGUCCAUGCCUCUACCACCGCACACACCACGGUUCUCCCGACAUCAACACCCGUCCAGUCCACCAGCACGCUUCCUACAUCCUCAAGCCAGGAGACCUCACUGCCCACAAGUUCUCCCUCGCUGUCCACUGCUUCGGUCACGACCACCUCUCACGAGCUGACCACUCCGACAGCACCAGAGACCACCUCAUCCCCAUACACCCCCACGCCCCCUACUACCACCCUUAAGCCAACUCGCCCCCCACAUUCAGUGCCAGUCUCCACUGCCACCACCACACUGACCACCCAGGCUCCUACUUCUCUCAGCACUGCCAGGACUUCUGUCUCUGUGGUGUCAACCCCAUCCCACACAUCUCCCGAACAACCGACCACAGCCCCACCUACCACCUCCACCACCACCACCACCACCACCAGCAGCAGCACAGCCCCAACAGCCACCACCAGAGAGACUGUCUCUCUCACCACCCUCACCACCUCGUCUGUACCCAGCAGUCCUCACACUUCCUUCACAACCCCAUCCCGCACCACCGUCCAUGCCUCUACCACCGCACACACCACGGUUCUCCCGACAUCAACACCCGUCCAGUCCACCAGCACGCUUCCUACAUCCUCAAGCCAGGAGACCUCACUGCCCACAAGUUCUCCCUCGCUGUCCACUGCUUCGGUCACGACCACCUCUCACGAGCUGACCACUCCGACAGCACCAGAGACCACCUCAUCCCCAUACACCCCCACGCCCCCUACUACCACCCUUAAGCCAACUCGCCCCCCACAUUCAGUGCCAGUCUCCACUGCCACCACCACACUGACCACCCAGGCUCCUACUUCUCUCAGCACUGCCAGGACUUCUGUCUCUGUGGUGUCAACCCCAUCCCACACAUCUCCCGAACAACCGACCACAGCCCCACCUACCACCUCCACCACCACCACCACCACCAGCAGCAGCACAGCCCCAACAGCCACCACCAGAGAGACUGUCUCUCUCACCACCCUCACCACCUCGUCUGUACCCAGCAGUCCUCACACUUCCUUCACAACCCCAUCCCGCACCACCGUCCAUGCCUCUACCACCGCACACACCACGGUUCUCCCGACAUCAACACCCGUCCAGUCCACCAGCACGCUUCCUACAUCCUCAAGCCAGGAGACCUCACUGCCCACAAGUUCUCCCUCGCUGUCCACUGCUUCGGUCACGACCACCUCUCACGAGCUGACCACUCCGACAGCACCAGAGACCACCUCAUCCCCAUACACCCCCACGCCCCCUACUACCACCCUUAAGCCAACUCGCCCCCCCACAUUCACACGCUUCCUACUCCUCAAGCCAGGAGACCUCACUGCCCACAAGUUCUCCCUCGCUGUCCACUGCUUCGGUCACGACCACCUCUCACGAGCUGACCACUCCGACAGCACCAGAGACCACCUCAUCCCCAUACACCCCCACGCCCACCACCACCACGCCCCCUACUACCACCCUUAA